UUGCAAUGAAAUAACAAAUGCGGUCACAUCAGUAUAUAAGGGCUUUUUUUGUUUUACUGUAGAUCAGUGGAAUAAACAGCCGAAAUGAUAUCAACAUACCAUUCGAUUAAAUCCAAUGUAGUUUAUCAUGAGAAAUACAUGUCUAAUGCAACAACAACAAAACACAUGUAAAAGCAACCCUUCUAGAAAAGUGAAGAAUAUUCUAAACAUGUCUCUUUGACACCUGGCGGAUGGAAGGUGCAACAACAGAAUCAGCAGCAGACGUUUCCUUACAGCCGCAUUCUACGAGCCACCAGAGGCAAAGAGGAGUGACUUGCACAGUUUUGAAAACAAGCAGGGAAAAUGGCAGACGGAGAGGACGAGAAGCUACCGUCCGGGUGGGAAAAGCGGAUGAGCCGCAGUUCCAGUAGAGUGUACUACUUUAACCUUCCCAUCACCAAUGCCAGCCAGUGGGAGCGUCCGGUGGGGUCAGGUGAUGGGAGUGGCGAGCCAGACAAGGUGCGUUGUUCCCACCUCCUGGUGAAGCACAGCCAAUCGCGUCGCCCGUCCUCCUGGAGGGAGGAGAACAUCACGCGCUCCAAAGAGGAGGCCCUCGACCUCAUACAAAAGUACAUAGAGCAGAUGCAGUCAGGAGAGGAGGAGUUUGAGGCUCUGGCCUCUCAGUUCAGUGACUGCAGCUCCGCACGCAACGGAGGAGACCUGGGACUGUUCGGCAGAGGUCAGAUGCAGAAGCCCUUCGCUCUGAAGGUGGGAGACAUUAGUUGUGAUAGAGGUGUGUGUGUGUUUCAGGUCAGAUGCAGAAGCCCUUCGCUCUGAAGGUGGGAGACAUUAGUUGUGAUAGAGGUGUGUGUGUGUUUCAGGUCAGAUGCAGAAGCCCUUCGCUCUGAAGCUGGGAGACAUUAGUUGUGAUAGAGGUGUGUGUGUGUUUCAGGUCAGAUGCAGAAGCCUUCGCUCU